CGCCCUUUCGCUUUGGUUGUCACAAUCGGCGUCCCGUGGGUUGCAUCAUUUUCGAAUUGCCUUCAUGGAGCCAUCGACGUUCCAGCUCUCGCCCACGUGCCGGCUCGUCGUGUCGCUCGGCGACAUCACGCGCUGGGAAGGCGACGCCAUUGUGAACGCUGCCAACGAGCUCAUGCUAGGCGGCAGCGGCGUCGAUGGCGCUAUUCACAAGGCCGCGGGUCCACAGCUGCUGCAAGCGUGCAUGCAAGCUCCUGAAGUGCGACGCCACGUUCGCUGUCCCGUGGGCGAAGCUCGCAUCACCGAGGCCUAUCGCUUGCGUGCCAAGUACGUCAUUCACACCGUGGGACCGGUGUACCGCCGCAAAUCGCCCGUGGCGGAGCUUCUUGGCGAUGCGUACUGGCGGUCCCUCGAGCUCGGGUACGCGUACGGAUGCAAGACGAUCGCGUUUCCCGCCAUUAGCUGCGGUGUCUACAGCUACCCGCUCGAGUCGGCAGCGCUAACUGCACUCGAAACAUGCUUGGAAUUUGCGGAAGCGACGGGCGAAGAUGCAUACGAAGCCAUCGAAUUUGUGCUCUUCAACCAGGCAACGUACGACGCGUGGCUCGCAGCGGCGAGUACGCUGGCGAUCGUGGUCUGCGACGAGCGUGAGCAAUAAGAAAACGCAACGUGCUAAGAACUUGAUUUUUCAACAUGCAGUUGCUGGGCAGCUCAGUAGGCGAGCAGCAGUGCUGUUGCAGGCGAGGCGAGGCUAGUUUGGACGCCAUCA